AUGGCUCUUCCAUAUCAAUAUAUUCAAGCACGUAAUAGCUUCGUAGGUGGUGAUGCUACAGAGUGGACUCUACUUGGCGCUUGUGGAUCAAGGCUUGUCGCCCAGUCAUCUAGCGGAGCUACUUCAUUGUGGCCAGUGGAAGACGAUGAACUGAGUAGAAACAGAGUGGACGAUGAAGCCCAAGAACCCCCAGGAAAAAGGGUAAAAUUAUCACCGCCUCCUCAACCUCGGCCAAAUUUUUGCUGCCUUUCUUUGUCCAAUAACAAGCAGUAUCUCGUUGCAGCAACUGCAGAAGACAGGUGCAUUCGCGUGUUCCAAAUUGAGCUAGACUGCUGCCUAACAGAGUUGAGCCAGAGAUGCAUGGCAAGGCGCCUAUGUGCAAUUACCCUCACUCCAGAUGACUCCAUAAUUCUCUGUGCAGAUAAGUUCGGGGACGUUUACGCCAUUCCUUUACUACCAUCCCCAGAUGAUGAAGGGAGUGGGACCUCAGCCCGUAGGCAUGGCGAAACUGCUCCGAAGCAGUUUGUUCCGUCGGCUAGUCUGCUCACAGUCCACUCCGGAAGAAAUCGAAAAGUGUUGGAAGAGCAGAUUAAGCAAUCGGGUAAAGGUCAGAAGAAAACAAAAGAAACAAUGAAGUUCAAACAUGAGCUGCUGCUGGGCCAUGUGUCGAUGCUCACAGACAUUGUAUACGCUACGAUCGAUCCAGGAACGAAGAAUGAGAGACCCCACGGCUACAUUAUAACAGCAGAUCGAGAUGAACACAUACGCAUCUCACGAGGACCACCGCAAGCUCAUAUCAUAGAAGGGUUCUGCCAAGGACAUGAGGAGUUUGUCAGCAGACUGUGUCUGACGACAUCUGGACUGCUCGUAUCUGGAGGAGGGGACACCUGUCUGCUUGUUUGGGACUGGCUGCAUUCCCGGUUGGUAGAUAGGCUCUGCAUUCGAGAUACCGUCCUAUUCUUUUUGAAGGCAGAUUCAGAGCUGGCAUCAAGAUUGUCAGAGGAGUCGGGCUUGAAAAUCGCUGUCUGCGGUAUAUGGAGCGUGCCUCGCUGUCAACCUGAGAGAGAGGUGAUCCUAGUGGCUUGUGAGGGAAUCCCCGCGCUCUUCAGAUUUGGAAUCCAGGGCACGCAAGGUGCCUCAAAAAUAGGCGAGAUCAUACCACUGAGUGGUAAUGCACUAGAUGUAGCGUUCAUAUGUCCACCUACAGGCGCAUGCACCGCAGUGGUCUCGGUGGACAAUUUGCAUAAGCCAGGCUCCACGACAGAGACCCGUGAACAUGAGGGUCCAUUCCGGCUGCAGUACUUCUCAUACCAAGAUGGUGAAUGGAGGGAGGACAGGACGUUCGAACGCAAACUGGAAUGGUUCAGUAGUCGAGCGCUGGUCGAAAAGGCUAGCAGUGCAGCCGGUCAGGACGCACGGUCUGACAGCACAGGUGAGACCGCGAGGGCGAGACUGGCAGUCGAUGAGAAAGCAGUCCGAGACAUGCUGUACGGCAUGGAGAAUCUGAGGAAGCGGCCAGGCUCCGAGGACUAGGUAGCUUUGCCGCAACAAUUGGCGGCGGGGUGACAAGAGGCGUCCCUGGAGCAGGGGGCGUGUUGCGGUUCUCUGGAAUCCGGUAAAAGCGUGCAGGAAAAGAACAAACCAAUGUGGUCCCCGAGGCAAAAGCGUCGAAAUUGGGCGAUGGAGCGCGGCGAUGGGUCAGGAAUUGUCUGUGCUGCGGGUCUGGGUCGGAGGGUUGCUAAUCAAU